AUGUUGUCUUCAUUCCGUUCAGUCUCCAGAGUCUUCACCUCUGCUGCUGUCAGCACCCAAAGAAGAGGAUUCCUUAACAAGUUCCUCUACCCAACCGAUAGACAGGUUAGAGUCGAGCAGUUGAGAUCUGCCAACAUCUACCCAGGUAUGGCAGAGUUUGACACCUUCUAUGACAACGUCUCACCAAGCAAGGUGUCCGCUGCCACCGGUGUCCCCGAUGCCCUCCUCGACGACCCACUCCUCCACAUUGCCGUCAUCAAAUACAACAAGCACGUCAUUGAGAGAUACAACUUGUCACCAGAGCAAGAGAAGGAGGUUCUCGAGAACUACGACCUGUCAUACGGAGAUUCCUCAUUGGAGUACCAUCUCCCAUUGCCAGUGCCAGAGCACAACUUUGAGGAGCUCCCAAUCAUCAAGUCCUACGAGGCUGAGCAC